AUGGGCCAGGUCCAGUCGGCCUUUGACCCAGACCAAACCUCCCGCGCGCCUGAAGGCUAUGUCGUCCCUCCCUUUCCAAGCCUGUAUAAUCCCUCCAUCGUCUCGACCAAGCACCAGCGGGGCUUCUUCCUGCACGAUGCGACUGCGAUCUGGAAGUUUACGUUCUACUGGACGCUCAUCUUGAUGAGCACAACGUUCGAGGCGUGUGCAGCUCUCGCCGUCUUAGCGCAGCUGUUAUCUCGCAGUGCAGCGAGACAGAGAGACGCCGCAGCCAACGCCGGGCGACAGAAAAAGUUCCGACAGCGACGCCGGGCACCGUUCUACCUCUUGCUCCUCAUCCCUAUCGCGAUGGGUGCCAUCGCAACGUUCGUGUCGCUCGUAUCAGGGACGGUUGUCGGGUUCGCACUCGCAGCCGUGUAUAGCGCCGGCGGAUUCGCAAUGAGCACGUGGGUGCCGUUCAUGUGGGGCAUGAUCCAGGUUGUCGUCCUUAUAAUUGCGAGCUACUCGUCCCUCACUCGUGUGCUAUAG